UCGAGAGUAGCAAGCGGUAGGAGAGUCGAUUUGAUCGAAAACGGUACGUCACGACCGGUAGUUGGCCAGGAGCUGUCGCGCUGGUCGGACGCUCUCACCCACACCGUAGGCCCGUAUAUGAGUUUAGUGUGCGUGUGUCCUCUUGCUGUGACGCCUCAAAUGCAGCUCUAUCCUCACGUUUUCUGCCCAAACUGAUGAAUGGGGCCACGGUGUGAUGGAUUUGGGAGUAGAGGUCUUGGGGGAUGGAUAAUGAACAACCCCACCAGGAGUUGGUCAAGUGUGUGGUGGUGGGCGACACGGCCGUCGGCAAGACGCGAUUGAUAUGCGCGCGCGCCUGCAACAAGCAAGUGUCGCUGGCCCAGCUGCUGGCCACGCACGUGCCCACGGUAUGGGCGAUCGACCAGUACCGCAUCUACAAGGACGUGCUAGAACGCUCGUGGGAGGUGGUGGACAGUGUCAAUGUCAGCCUGCGUCUCUGGGACACCUUCGGCGACCACGAAAAAGACAGACGGUUCGCUUACGGACGUUCCGAUGUGGUGUUGCUGUGCUUCAGCAUCAACAACCCCGUGUCGCUGCGCAACUGCCGUCUCAUGUGGUAUCCGGAGAUCCGGCGAUUCUGUCCCAGCACGCCGGUGCUGCUGGUCGGGUGCAAGAACGACCUGCGCUACAUGUACCGCGACGAGGCCUACCUCAGCUACUUCCGCGAUCGCAGUCCGUUCGUGCGCGCCACCCGCAAGAGCGAUCUCGUCAUGCCGGACGAGGCGCGGAACGUGGCCCGCGAACUGGGACUCUUCUAUUACGAAACAUCGGUACUUACCUAUUACGGAGUUAACGAAGUGUUCGAGAACGCGAUCAGGGCGGCGCUGAUCGCCCGCCGGGCUCAGCGUUUCUGGAUGACCAAUCUGAAGAAGGUCCAACGUCCUCUACUCCAGGCUCCGUUUAAGCCGCCACCGCCGCUCAAGCCGGAAGUGCACGUGGCCAGUAGCUCUUACAUCGAGCACAUGCACCAACUCUGGCUGAAUCGACCCAACACCGACAUCGUUUUGGUGGUCGGCUCUAUGGGAUUCCCCGCCCACCGUUUCGUCCUUGCUGCCAGCAGCCGUGCUUUCUAUCGCCUUCUAACCGCCGAUCUACUUGCUAGAAGCACCAGCGACUCCAGCAUGGUAAGUUCUCUGGGCGACUUCGCCGACGAGACCGAAUGUCUGGUGAGGGCCGAGCAAAAGACUUGCCGCAGAAGAGCCAGUUGUCAAGCGCUGCCGACGGCCCGCGAGCUUGACCAUCCGGCCUUUCAAUGCAUCAGGGUGGUACAGCCCGAGGGACAGACCGUUGUCACGCUGUCGAAACUGGUCACGCCCGGUGCCAUGCAACAAUGUCUGCAGUUCGCGUACACUGGCACGGUGGAUAGGAGCGCACUCAAUCUGCAGGAGACCUGCGAAGCUGCCGAAUUCCUCGAACUGCCCCAGUUAUUGGUACUACUCACCCGUCAUCCGUUCGUCGCACCCGAUCCACCGGACGAGAUCUACGAGACGUUCUUUAAGAAGAGGUUGCAGGAUGUUUGCCUUGAGCAGGGACUGUUCGCUGAUGUGGUUUUCGAGUUGGAUGACGGAGCGUGUGCGGCUCACAAGCCCAUGUUGGCUGCCAGGUGUGAUGUUAUGAAGGCCAUGUUCAGCGGGGAUUUUAGGGAAAGUCAGGCGAAAGUGAUAGAAUUCCCAGGCGUGCGCGAGUACACGUUCCACAAGCUGCUGUGUUUCAUUUACACGGACGAGGUGCCGGCGGUUUCAGCACUGCGCUGCGUCAAUCUUCUAGAACUCGCCAAUAGGUUGUGCAUCCCUCGACUGGUCAACCUCGUCGAGCGACGAGUUAUCGAGGACCUCGAGCGGCUUCAGCCCGCCGAAGCCAUCGAACAAUGUUUAAGACUGCUAGAACCUGUUAAGUUGCACAACGGACAUCAACUGGCGGACUGGUGCAUGAACCACCUUUGCGUCAACUACAACAAGCUGUGCAAGAUGUCACCGCGCAGCCUCCGUCUGUUGCAUCCGGACAACCAGGCCUAUCUGGUGGAGCACCGUUGGCCGCCCGUCUGGUACCUGAAGGACUACGACUACUACCAGAAGUGCUUGGCGGAACGCGACAAGGAGCUCAAGCCGCAGAUCAAGCCCAGCAGCGGUUGCCUCUGCUUUUCGCGCAAGUCCGAAUCAGAUCCGGCGCUCUCGUCCAGCCAGCUCUGAACACGCGUCUCCUCAUCUUAAAACUUUAAAACAAACCAAAAAAAAUUAAAUAAUAAUUGCAUUUACAUGUAACUGUCAUACAUAAUCAUUCGUACGUGCAUCCUGUUUUGCGGGAAAUUUUUUAUCGGCGUAUCUCUCUCUAAAAAUCAUUCCGUUCGGUGAGAGCCGGGCUCGACGUGGGUGUUUUGUUGAGGGUAUGAUGAAACUGGACCGGACGGAAUCGAUCCCCUACUCAUUCAUAAUCGUAGUUUUUAAGCGACGAGUCCCCCGUCCGGGCGGUUGUAGUGUAUUCCCGUGUCGGUGGCUCGCACGUAUUUAGUAUUAAGCAUCCUUAUUAGAAAAGCUAGACUGACCUACGUAUUAAGACAACCUAAUUAGGCUACGAUGAAACUGAAAUACUUACGAUUAAGAUUUAAAAACAGGGUGAUUGAUGACGUGGCACGUCCGCGGGAGGGUCGACUGUGUUGGUUGUGACUUCACUUUAAGUUCCUAGUCAAUUAUGAAAGUCGCUUUUUCCAUUGGCUGUUAUUUCCGGAAAACCUGUUGCAGUAUUAGGUACUGCCACUCAGACAGUACGUUUGAUGGAGUUUAUUUCAUGUGUGAAUUGAAUUAACUAACAAAGGGUAUUUUGCGAUAGAUUAAAAUUAAUGUAUUUUUUUAGCAUUUAUUGAAUGAAGUGAUAAAUGAGGGUCCGUCUAGUUCUUCGACUACUCCAUUCUUAUUAUAGUAAACAAUUUUCUACUCAUACUCGAAUACUGAUGAUCAGUGUGUCACUAUUUUUAAUUUAUUCGAUUACGACCAAAUUUAUAUCCAUACUUUCCAUUUUUCGAUUCCACGACGAUACGCGCGGAUUAAUUUUAAGAUGUAUUAAUUUUGCGUGACAGUGCCAUGGGUAAUUUACACUGUGUGAUGUUAGAUAUAGUAACACUUAGUGAGAAUUUAGUGAUAGUAGGAAGUAAUAUAAGAAAGUUGUUUGGCCCUUUGGGCACAUCAAAAAUAAAAAAUAAAAUAAUCCAUGGUACUGGUUUGUGAGUAAAACAUGUCCCUGGUACGAAAAUAAUCAUAAAUCAUUCUAGUUUUAAUUUUUGCAUAACUGUGUUCAACAAACAAAAACUACCAGUCGUAUCGUGGACAAUUUACCUCCAGAUCGCAUACUUACUUAUGUUCCAUAUUUAGUGUGGACUAUACUCAGCUACCAUAUUAUAAGAAAAAUAGCUUUAACAAAUCUUAGUAACAUAGCGAUUAGAUUCUAAAAGGGUAUAGUUCACACUGAGGUGCCGUAUUGCUUUGCUAAUUUUCUCGAAGUGGAUAUUUUUUAGGGCGAACUAGCUAACACUUAAAUUUAUAACACACACCUCCUUAUAAUACAUUCAUGUCAAUUUGUCAAAUUAUCUGUACUUGUACAUAAAUCUUUAAAUUAUUGCAGUUUUCACUUAAGUUCGUAGGAAGGGGGAAAGGUUUGCAUAAAACAAAAAUUGAAGAAUUUACAUAUCACUGUGCGCAUUAGAUUAACAAAUUGCGACCGAGAUGAUUUCAAAUACAGACUCAGAGGAGGUUUAAUGAUAAGUUGGUGUAGGUGUUUUAUGCAAACUGUUCCGUCGCGUUUUAUCUAGGUUGAAUGACAAUCGAUGUACGAAGCAAAUUAAUACACCGUUUUUAUUUUUACCUCUAAACCCAUUCUCAUUUUAGGUGGAAGGAUAUAUUCAAUAUAAAUUUACCUACAAUCAUGUAUUUGUGCAAUAAUUUGCUAUUCUAAUAAACAUUUGUAUGAAAUAAUA